GAGAGAGAGAGAGAGAGAGAAAGAGUUCACUUCCAUUCUGUUACCUGAAAAAUCCUAGGAAAACAAAGCUGAGAUGGGUCAGGACUCACACUACGGAACUUCAGGGAUAUAUCCUCCUAUGCCGCCCUCAAGUCCUCCCCCGUCCGCCCCCGAAAUGCCGCUGGGCCACAUUUAUCCUCCGCCGCCACAGGUCGAUCCUCCACAGGCAACGGUACAUAUGUACCCUCCACCUCUGCCGCCUCAGAUGUAUUCGAAUGUGACGCCUCCGUCAUAUUCAUAUCCACCCCAAGCCCAAGUGUAUCCUCCAGCACCACCACAGGCUCAUUCGUAUCCGAUGCCGCAGCGGCCGCCAGUUCAUGGCUACCCUCAAGGCCCUUACGUGGUUCCUCCGCCAGUUGCUUACCCUUCAAAGGAUGGCCCCAAGGACUCCCGGCAAGCACCGCCGCCACGGAAGGCCAAAAACAAGAAAAGGGGUCAUGGGUUCUGGAGAGGAUUUUGUGCCGGGAUGUGCUGUUGCUGCUGCUUGGAUAUAUGCUGUUGAUUGCCUUCCAUAGUGCAGCGUCCUCUUAUCGAUGUGGACCUCUUUGCUCUGCCAAACAAUUUUUUUAUUUUUUUUUUUGCACGGUUUUCUUGUGUCUCAUUUUUGUUUAUUCAUAUCUGUAUUGUUUCUAUCAAUGAAUUAGAGGGGUUGCUGUACUAUAUGCAAGAA